AUGGUAGCGGAGCUCUGCUGUCUAACCUUCGGCACCUGGGCCGACAAACCAGGACCACAGGCCGAGCCAACCGAGCCGGUCUUCACCUCUGGAUUUGCCCAGGACUGGCACGACUGGGGUUGGAAUCGGGACCAGUCUGGUUCCUGGUGGGACAACCACCAAGCCGAAGCUGACCAGCACUGGGACUGGCAGCAAGAGGUCUGGCAGCAAGAAAGCUGGACCGAAAACACAGGCCAAGCCGAGGACCCCUGGGCCGGCUGGUCAGGUGUGCAUUCGUGGGUGGAGGCACACCCGGUGCCUGAACCCAGUGCACCUCCGCGUAGUCGCAGUCCGCGGCUUCGCAGCGAACCUGCAGCUUCCAGUGCGGGUAGACCCGCCAAACCAAGGGGAAAGCCCUGGUGGGAACGUCCCCCGCCCGAGUGGGUGUGGGACGAGAGCAACCAACGCUGGAAGCGCAAGAACCAGCGGGGAAAACGCUCACCUGAAAAGGUUGAGGAACGUAUCCAGCGCGGACAAGAGCGACGAGCAGCCAGCUCGUCAGCAAAAGUCGCGCGGGUAGAACCGCCUCAGGAGGCGGAGACCUCGACUGAGCCAAGUGAGCCAGUCGUUCUCACCUCAGCGCCGGCAGCAGCCGAGCCAGCGGGUAGCCCCGCGGAGGAACGCUCAGAAGCCUCUGAGUCCGAAUCCUCCUCCAGCUCGUCAGUCAGCACCAUCGACUACGAGACUGGAAGUCUGCCCGUGCAGACUGACCCCACGCCCCAUCUCCAGAUGAGCGAGGAUCCGAACGAGGAACCCCUCGCAAGUGCGGCAGCCAAAGCCGCAUCUGAGCUCCGAGACUCCUGGAUCUCAGUGAAAGAGGAGGUUGACUAUAGCCCCUCGGACACUCCAGGAGCGGGUAGCACCGCCGCAGCAGAAGCUGCGGAACACAGCCCGGAAGCGGGCAGCCCCGCCGCAGCCGAAGCUGCGGGACAAAGCUCCUGGGUGGAAGUCCAGGAAACAGCAGAGGUGAGCAGGCAGCUCACGGGACUCACUGAAGCCCUCCGAAGGGCAGAGGAGGCCCACCGUGGGUUGCAAGAGCAGCUGGCUCAAAGCCAGCACCGCACCCAACUGUUGGAGCAACAGCUCCUGGAACUCCAACAGGCGGGUAGCACCGCCGCGGGUGGCACCGCAGCCAGCAGAGCAGCGGCGGCCGCAGCGGUAGGUAGCGGAGUAGAAGAUUGGGAGAGGUUUGUGUGGCAAGUUGAAACCUUUGCUGCACUCGUGGACGAAAGUUUUCCAGUGCACUUAGAGGAAGCCAGAAAGAGUCAAAGUGACAACACACCGACCGAAGAGAGCGACGAAUACCGAGCUCUCUCAGUCAAACUGUUUGGGAUGCUGGUAUCGCUCAUCGCUGAAUGCCCAGCUGCAUUGAAGAUUGCGAGGGGCACGAGAAACCAAAAUGGAUUCGUCCUGUGGCAAAUGCUGUGGCGAGAGUUUCAUCCCGAGCAGGCCAACAGAGGUCUCAUUUGGAGACGAGCCCUGCUUUCGCCGAAGUUUCCAAACAAAGAGGGCGACUUUAGUGCAGCUCUUCAAGAAUGGGAGCUGGAUCUCGCGAAGUAUGAAUCCGAGUUUGGAGCCGAAAAGGCCAUCUCAGAUGAAGACAAGCGAGCGCUACUGAUGGUCGAAUCGCCCCAGGCCCUGAAGCAGCACUUGGCAAUGCAUGCUUCGUCGCUAGGAUCGUACGAUGAGGUUCGGGCUGUGGUGGUCUCAUACCUGCAAGCAAAGAGGGUGUGGACACCGUCCGGUGGUUAUGCUCAGUCAAGCCGCCGAGCAGCUCCCGAUCCCGAUGCCAUGGAUAUUGGCAAAGUCGGCGAUGCCAAAGGCGAUAAGGGGAAAGGAAAAGAAAAGAAGGGCAAAGGCAAAGAAAAAGACCCCAAAGGGGGGAACAGACCCGAGAAGGGUGGAAAGGGCCAAGACAAAAGAAACCAGCAGAAAGAAAAGGAGAAGUGCCCCAUAUGCUGGCGAACUGGGCACACAGUGAAAGACUGCUGGUACAAUGUGAAAGGAAAAGGCAAAGGAACGCCAAAGGGCGGAGUAAACGCUGUUGCUGACGACGCUUCGUCACAGCUCUCAGCGGGUCCCUCCGCUUCCCAGGCGGGCAGCGCCGCGACUACGGCAAAACCUGGUGUGAGACACAUCUCGGAUGAGCCCAUGCGAGCGCUAGCUGUGCGGAACAACGACCUCCGCAAAGGACACCUCCUGGUGGAUACUGGUGCCGCUGUUUCCGUUUGCCGCCCGGGAACCUUUUCCAGCAAACUUGACCCGAAAGGACAAAUGGCUCUGUACAGUGUGGACGACACACCGCUCAACACCCUAGGCGCCACGGAACCUGUGCUGCGACUAGGCGGGGACCACCGCCAGAAUGCACGAACCACGUUUCAAGUGGUUGAAGGUAUCACAGAUGACAUUCUGUCUGUGAACCGAGCGGUGGAUGCUGGAGCGCGGGUUGUGUUCCACGCGUCAGGCUCGCACAUUGAGUGGGCUGACGGCUCACGAGCCGAUUUUGUCCGAAGUGGGAAGCAAUUCCUCCUACCUUACGCUGAAAUGGCCAAACCCAGCAAGCACGUGACCAUAGCAGCCGUUGAGGAUUUUCCCGACGACCUGGAAGCUCAAGCGGUCGAGGAAUUCGCUAUCGCUGAAGAACAGCGGGAGGCAGAAGCCGCGCAGGCCGAGGCAGCAGCUGCUGAAGCCAGUGAGGGUGAAGGCGAAGAACGCCAGGACCUUGAAGCGGUAGCCCCGCCAGCGGAUCCCGAGCCGAACGAGGAAAGCGUGCCACGCGAGCCCACGGCCGAAGAGAAAGAGCGCCACAGACUCACUCACCUGCCAUUCCAGAGCUGGUGUCCGGAAUGCGUGCAGGGGGCCGGGCGAGGCGGGCACCACCGCAGAAAGAAAGACGCGGGAGAAGGCGCAUUGGAAGCGACGGUCCAAAUGGACUACACCUUCUACUCGCGAGGGGCGCAGCAAAGGCUCGCGCCGGAGAACGAGUCUGUUCUCGUCACGGUGCUGACGCUGGUUGACCGCGACACCGGCUGGCCGUGCAGCGUACAGGUGCCUAGAAAAGGUCAGGAGUGCGGACCAUUUGUGUUGGACGCAAUAGAGCUCUACCUGAACAAUUUGGGACACAAAAGAGUGAUCCUGCAAAUUGACCAAGAAGGAGCGUUGAGAAACGUUGCUGUGGCUGUAAGAAACCGGAUGGGGGCACACAAGGUUCGGGUGCGGGAGUCACCGCCGUACUCGCACCAGAGCCAGGGCGCCGUUGAAGGCGAACACCACCAACUCGCAGGUUUGGUACGCACAUGGCUCAUGGACCUCCAGAACCGGUACCCCAACUGCAUGGUUGACGUCAAUCAUGUGGUGUUUCCCUGGCUAGUCAAGUACGCCGCUUGGUCUGCGGCGAGGUUUCAAGUGAGAACCGCCGACAAAAUGACCGCGUACAAGAUAGUCAAUGGGGUAGAAUACUUGAGCCCCAUAUGCAAAUUUGGGGAAACAGUCAUGGCAAAACUUCCGAAACCAGGCACCAAGGCGCAACGCCGUUGGAUACGUGGGAUAUGGGUUGGUCGUCUGGAGCGCGACAACACCAACAUUAUACUCACGGAGGCUGGGGCAUUGAGUGUGCGGUCUGUCCGCCGUUUACCACCAGACGCGCAAGCCAACAGAACCCUGAUGGGGACCGUAGCUGGCGUGCCAUGGGCACUGCGACAAGGAAGGACGUUGCGGCAAGCACCCGCCCUGCAGGCGGAACCUUUGGUGCUGCCAGCACCGCCACUCAUGCAAGCCGAAACCGAAGGUGACCACGUGGAGCAAGAGGGCGCAGCGCAAAUCCCCUCAAUGGCCCACGAUGGACCCGAAGAAAGAAUGGACAGAGACGCGUUGGACGUUGAAGGCGCCGCAGCCGCGGAAAGCCUCGAACCACGCGAAGACAUGGACGUUUUCGAUGGCGACACCGGCGCGGGAGUUCUCGUCUCACCCGAAGAAACCGCUGAGGCCGAAGCUAUUCGAAAUGCAGCGCCAUCGAGUCCCACAACGUCGGAUGGCCCAUCCGCAGAAAGCGCGGGAGCCGCCGCCGGAUCACCUAGAGCACCAGCAGGGAUGGCUUAUCCCACGGGGCUGGGCGAAGGGGGGCUGGCGACCAAGCGUUCAGGCACAGCGCCACCUGCGGAAGAGACCAGGCCGCCAAAGCAACCCAAAGCCGAAGCCAAGAAGUCCCAACGUGUAGGCAAACUACAGGCGCAAGAUCUGUGGAAAAAGGUGGAGGAAUGGGCCAAUGCGGACGACCCCGCUGUAGCGCAGCAGAGGCUCGCCACGGUGAUGGAAUACCUCGAUUCCGUGCCCGACCCACAGCAGAUCCAGAAAGCACGCGAAGAGCAACUUUGGAAGCUCUGGCGGCUGAACGCCUUCACACCGGUGAUGCGAUGGGACAAGCCGGCAGACGCCCAGACCUUCCACUACAAGUGGGUGGACAAGGUGAAAGACGGCGUGUGCAAAAGCAGGUUUACCUGCGCCGACACACGACGAUCCUAUACCCCAGAAAUGGAGCAGGACAUGCGUGUCUUUGUUCCUACCCCUACUCCUGAAGCACACGCCCUGCUCGAAAUAACGGCUCUGCAAAGAGGCUGCGCCAUGAGAACCUUCGACAUCGUUGCUGCUUUCCUGAUCGGCAAGGACCGAGGGGCGCAGAACGAAAACUGGGUCUACAUGCGACCGCCAGCCGAGUGGAAGCCCAUUUUCGACCAGUGGGUGCGGGAGCAACCGCCGUUUGAGCAGUCCAAGCUCAGAGGACAAUUUGCUGACAUGCUGUUCAGGCUCGAUGGAAAUCUGUAUGGUCGAAGAACAGCUGGCUCCGUCUAUCGAGACGAGCUGGAAGAGCUGUUAUGCCACAAAUUGUCACAGACCGGCCGGUAUGCUUUCAAAAGAGGGGUAAAAGAUCCAUGUAUCUAUCGAUGCAUGAAGACAGGUAUCAUAGUGGUCCAUCACAUCGAUGACGGAAGAUGUGCGGGGAACGCCGCCCUGCUGAACACCUUCCUGGACGAGGAUAUGUGCAGCCACUGUGAAAUCACCACCGGUCCUCUUGAGGCCGAAGGUGUAUCGGUAGAAGUUUUGGGAAAAACCAAAACACGCUUAGAGGGCUGCAUCCUAACAGCCCCAGACGGAAAGCAUGCUCGAAACAUCAUCGAAGCACUCGGUCUGAAGCCCGGAGAGAAAUCUCCAGUACCUUCUCGCAAACCCGAUCUCUCGGACGUGACGCCGUUGAGUGCGGGGGAUGCCGCCAAAUACCGAUCCGCUGUGGGGUCUGGAAUUUUACCUUUCGGCCGACAGACGUGA